CACCGACACCAACAAUAAUCAAUUAGUUGAGAUCAACGACAACAACAACAGCAAGAAGCAGCAAUUAGCUCCUAAUAGAAGUUCCAACAAAGAUAGGCACAAGAAAGUGGACGGAAGAGCGAGAAGGAUUCGGAUGCCAGCCCUAUGCGCUCCUUGAAUCUUCUAGUUGACUCGAUAAUUGGGUCGUAAAUCCGACGGAGAGAUGAUUCAGUGGCUUCUUUAGCAAUCGGAGUCGUCGAUCAUGGCGACUACAUGGACGGGGACGAUUCUGGCCUCUGCUUUUGCGACUGCAGGGUCCUCUGUUUCUGCUGCAACAGAACAGGGGAGCCCUGUUUUCGCCGGAAGCAAAUGGGCGGCGAUGGUGAACGGGAAUUUGGUGGGGAGAUCGGGUUUGGGAAACGAGUUUUGGCCAUCUGGGACAGGGUUUGUCGGUAAUUUUUGUGGUAGUGGUGGUAAUAGCAGUAGUCAGGCGUCACGAACAAUAGUAGAGGGGGGUUGUUAUGGUGGCGGUGGAAAGAUUGGCGGGUUUCAUCACGACGGUGGUGGGAUGGAAUUUCUUAAUGUAGGGUUGAUGAGUUUUUACUUGAUGUUUAGUGGGUCGUGUUUGAAUCCCGGUUUGGAGCUCGGGCUUUCACUGGACAACUUGUUGAAUUCUUCUUCUCAUGGGUUCAGCCAGUUCUAUCAGCAGAUGGCUCUUGCCCGAGCUGUCGUUGCUGUGGCGGACUCCAUGAAUCAGAAUCAUAAUCAGCAACAGGAGGAGGAAGGGUCUUUGGAGAAGGAUGAAUCGUCUCACGGAUCAAGGAUUUAAAAAAGUGAUCCGAUUAGGUGAAAUUAAAGUUGGCAUCUUCUCUGCGUAGUAAUUGAUCUUGAUAUGUUCUUCUUGUUUCAUUGUACAUUUACAAGUGAUGAAGUGGAGAGAAAGGGAGCUUGGUGAGAAUGGUUUUGUGAGGAUUGCAAACUCGAGUUUUGUUUGGUUGAAAAAGAGUUUCUUUGAUUUGCGAGAAUGUCUGUAUCAUAAGAGGAUUUUGGAAUGCCUAGGGGAAACCUUCUUCAAUUUCCAGUGAGUUUAGUUCGAGGUUAUAAAAGUUGUGAUUGGAU